AAAUGUAAGGAAUAGAGAUGACAUGAUUCCAUAUUCUACAUGAAAGAUAACCAAUCUAGACUGUUCUACACUAUACAUUUCUACCUGAAUGCUCUGCAAUGUUACAGAGGUACCUGAACUUCUAUACAGUACAUGCGGGCCAAACCAGUGUCUGCCUCAUGACGUUGAAUGCGAGAUAAGAUUGUUUCACUAUUUUCUGUCACAAACUCUUAGUUGGCAUUCGUGGUUUCACGUUCUCUGGCGGGACACAGAGCAGUCUUACUAUAGAUUUGGAGAAGAGCAGACAUACUGUACAGGCCUAUCGUUAGGGCCAGACUUCCCCAAGGUCUUCUGAGAACAGACACAGGGCAGAGAGGGACACUGACAAAAUGGCAAGCAGCAUUUGUGAGCUGAGGGCUGUGUUACUGGGUUCAAACCGGUCUGGUAAGAAAUUUGUGGGGAACACCAUUCUGGGAAAAGAGGCCUUGGAUGCAUCCAGAAGCACUGCCCCAUGUGAGAAGGGAGAGGGCGAUGUCUGCGGGAGGAAGGUAAAUCUGGUGGACAGUCCAGGCUGGUGGAAGGAGUUUCAUUUGUCUGAUACAGCUGCACUUGUUAAAUAUGGACUGCAGCACAGUGUGUCUCUAUGCCCCCCUGGACCCCAUGCUUUCAUCCUUGUGGUUGAGGUGGACUUGCCAUUCACUGAUGCCUACAGAAGAUCAGUGGAGGAUCACGUCCAGCUCUUUGGCGAGAGAGUCUGGAGUUACACCAUCAUACUGUUCACAUGGAAGGACUGUCUGGGAGACACAACCAUUGAGCAGUUCAUUGAGGGUGAAGGAGAGGCCCUCCAAUGGCUUAUAGAGAAAUGUGGUAGGAGAUAUCAUGUUUUCAGCAAUGAGGACAGGGGUGAUGGCACUCAGGUCACAGAGCUACUGCACAAGAUAGACGUGAUGGUGGCAGGAAAUAGUGGCAGCCAUUUUGAAAUUGAGACCUCGCAAUUUCAGAAAGUGGAGAAGGACAGAAGGGAAAUGGAAGAGAGAGCUCAAGAGAGAUUUCUUAGAGCUCAGAGGCAAAGAAAGAUGCUGAAAGCCCUCAAAGGAAAUGCACAGAUUCAGAGAAAAAUCCAAAUUCUACUGGUGGGGUGGAUCUGGGCUGGAAAAAGCCAUGUAGGAAACACCAUCUUGAACGAUGAAGCAUUUAUUGAAGAAAGCACUAAAGACUCCACAAGAAGAAGUGGUGAAGUGGCUGGCAGGCAGAUCACCAUGGUAGAUACACCAGGCUGGUGGAAAUACUUCCCAGCCCAGCUGACCCCAAACAAGGUCGAGGAAGAGAUCCUGAAAGGUGUGCCUCUGUGCUCUCCAGCACCCCAUGCCAUCCUCCUGGUAGUUCCAGCAGAUACAUCAUUCACAGAAGACCAAAAGCAGAACAUACAAGAGAACAUGGAACGGUUUGGAGAGAAUGUCUGGAGACACACUAUCGUGCUGUUCACUUACGGGGACUGGCUGUGUGGAGUACCCAUUGAGCAGCACAUUGAGAGCGAAGGGGAAGCCCUCCAGUGGCUUGUUGAGAAAUGUGGGAACAGGUAUCAUGUCCUCAACAAUAAGAACAGGAGAGAUCGCACUCAGGUCACCGACUUGCUAGAGAAGAUAGAGGAGAUGGUGGCAGGAAACAGUUUGUUUUUACUCACCACAGAUACUCAAAGCAACGUGGAGACUGCCCAUGGAACCAAAACCAACCAAGAGCUCUAUGGUAGAGAGAUUGAGCUUGAAGAGUUGGGGCGAAUAGUGAAUCAGGAAUGGGACAGUAAGAACAUGGAGAUGAGGGAGAGAGUCAGGAGGGUAUGGAUGGCCAUCCAGUCUGCUAAAUCCAGGGACAGUGGAAAUAACAGCAUGGACAUGCCUAUGGAAUUUAAAAAGCUGCCUGAGGCGCCCAUCAGUAGGGACAAAAAGCAACACAAAGAAGAAAAUGACAAGUCAAUGAAGAUGCAUGGAGGGGAAAUCAAAGGUCUCAAGAAAGAUGUCUCAUCGCCCUUACAACGUCUGUCCAACCCAAGCACUGCUACCCUCACAGUACCCGGAGCUGUGGUUGGAAUUCCAGUGAGUGGUCAGGUCAAAGACAAGUUAAAGGACAUGCUUGAGAAGGAAUGGCGCAGACGAGAAGCCGACAUAAUGUACAAUAUCCAGGUGACACUUCAGGACAAAAUAUGUCAUUCAGGUUCGUCUGAGCCUGAUGCUUAUGAGAUUAAGACAUCAAAGCAGAGAGUGGCUGCAUGGUUGAGAGAGACAGAUCAUAAAGGUUCUGGAAUAGGUUUGAGCAGCAGUGAAAGAGAAGAAUGCCAGUAACGGAAUGAAAGCAUCAUCAAUGAGAAAUAGAGCAAGACCCAAUGACGGAGAGACAACCCCUUGACAGUCUAAUAUGACCUAGAACAGGGUUUCUCAAACUCAGUCCUGGGCCCCCCCCCCUUCCCUCCUGGGUGCAAGUUCUGUUUUUUGUGCACUACACAGCUGAUUAAAAACCUCAAAACCAAAAUGUGAAC